ACAAGAAAGAAGAAGAGGACGAAAACAUGGAGGACAGGCUGAUUGUCUCUGUGCGUGGGCACUCGGUAUUAUACGACUCAUCUUCGUACCUGUACAGAGACCGGGCAGAGAGGGAGAUGGCUUGGUGCAAAGUCAGCGAGGAGGUGGGACUAUCCGCAUUCAGCAGGUCGUGUUUGUGUUUCUUGUCAGAGGAGAUAUGCAGGAGGAAGUGGAGGGGCCUCCGGGACACGUAUCUGAAGGAGAAGAGGAAGGAGAUCGAGAAGAGAAACGUGUGCGGGAAACGGUGGAAGCACUCCGAGGUCCUGUCUUUCCUCGACCCCUUCUUUAACGUCACCCCGAGAGAAACCAGGUGUAACGACAAGGUGCGGGAGGUCGAGGAAGACGACGGGACCUCAGAGUCCAACUUUACAGACUGUCAGAAGAAAAUGGCGACGGGUAACGGUCCGUUUGUGUCCUCGGCGGACCGUGUGGACCAACUGGCCAAAGCGGAGAUCCUGAGAGGAUUCAUCGCAGAGAAACUGACAACAGCCGCGCAGGAAAUCUUCGCGGUUGUGGAGAGAACCGUAGCCGGGUACGAGGAGGAGGCUUCGGGUCUGAGGCAGGAGAUCGACCGGCAGAGGAGGCAGCUGGAGGCGGUGCUGCAGCCUCGGGUCUCUCUCUGUAGGACAGGUGCGGAGGACUCGGGGAGCCAGUGCAUUUUAGAAAAAAUUGUGAAAAAGAAGGUCGAGGAGGAGGAGGAGGAGGAGUCAGCUGAGGAGCCCGAACAGAGCACCAGUCUAGAUGAGGAGGAUCUGUCGGACCCGGAUUAUCAGCUAACAAAUACAAGAUGCCAGUUUGUGCAGAGGGAGCGUGGUCAUCUAAACCUCAGAGUCUGUCUGUUGAAGGACUGCCGGACCAAUGUGCUCUCAAAAUACGUGUUAAGGUCCCCGAUGCAACGCCUGAGGUGUCCUCGAGGCCUGCAGGAGUCCGAAUUCCUGGAUAUUCUGAGGUCCACCUUCCCUCAACUGACCGGACAGUUUGAUGCCUUCACAGCUGACUCGACCAGGAUACUGGCCCCACUGAAACUAAAGACAAUGACACCAGAGGUGAUCAAAUGGUCGAUCAAAUCCAGAGGGAAAGGAAGAUCAGCCCUUUAUCUGCGACCAAAGAGAGCAAAAAAAUCCCUGACGAGCCAAGAGCAACGUCCUUCUCCACAGACAAGAGACACCAAUGACACAAGAUACGAUGAAAACAGGCCACAUGCUAAUUCCCAAACCAGUGCUGUAGAAAAAGUGGAGAUCAAUGAGGAGGAUUGUCUGUCCAGCAACUCAGGAUGGCAACUACAAGUGAAAAUAGAGGAAGAUGUGGAAGACUUAGGGUGUCAGUACAUCUUACACCACAUUAAGGAAGAGGAGGGUGAAGAUGAGGAGUCUGCAAAGGAGCCAGUGCAGACCACCAGUCCAGAAGAAGAGCAUCCGGGGGACCCGGAUGAUCAAAUACCAAAUUCAAGAGGUCAGUCUGUUCAGAGGAACUGCGGGAUGUGGGCUCCUCUAAACCUCCGAGUCUGUCUGUUAGAGGACUCCCACACCACUGUGCUCUCAAAAGGCGUGUUAAAGUCCCCAUUGCUGGACCUGAGGUGUCCUCGAGGCCUGCAGGAGGACGACUUCCUGGACCUGCUGAGGUCCACCUUCCCUCAGCUAACAGGACGGUUUGAUGCCUUUACAACCGACGCAACCAGAAAACUCUCCCCUCUGAAGCUAAAGACACUGACACCAGAGGAGAUCCAAAGAUCCAUCAAAUCCAGAGGGAAAGGAAGAUCAGCAGCCCUUUAUAUUCGAGCACAGAGAGCAAACAAAUCCCUGACAAGCCAAGAGCAACGUCCUCCGCAGGGGAAAGACACGGAUGACACAAGAAAUUAUGAAAACAGGCCACAUGCAAAUGCUGUAGAAAAAGACAAAGAAGAUCCUCUGUCCGCCAUCUCGAGAUGGCAACUACAAGUGAAAAUAGAGGAAGACGAAGACCAAAUUAUAUCUAAACUAAUAUUAGAUCCAGCUGAGAGCGAAGUGCACAAUGAAGAUGGCGAUGAUGUUGAUCGGGUGGAGGAAGAUGAAGGAGAUGACGACCGGAAACAAGACAAGAAUGAUGUGGAGCUGAGGGAGCGCGAAGAUGAACAGAGCUCAUCAAAGAUGAUGAGGAAGCGACGAGUCGAACAUUCAGGAAUCAAAACAAAGAAAAGGAAACGGGUGCAGUCGUCUCUGAAUAAGAGUGACGCUCCUCUGUCCUGUAAAGUCUGCCGAGCUCUUCGUGGGUCAAUGAACAUGUUGAUUAAACACGCCUGGAGUCAUGUGGACGAUCCAGAAAGGCUCUGCGGAGUUUGUGGAGAACAUCCAGAGUCUGUAGAGGAGCUGAGGAGUCACCUUCAAAGUCACCAGAAAACACACCGCUGUGGAAAAUCUUUCCUCACUGCGGUUGGUCUGAAUGGUCAUGCUGCUGUACACACAGGAGAGAGACCAUACAAAUGUGAUGUCUGCCAUAAAGCAUUUAAGUUUAAGGCUAGUUUGAAGACUCACCGGUGGAAGCAUGUGGAGGAUAAACCACACAAAUGUGAUUACUGUGAUCAGGCUUUUGCUUUCAAACAGCAGCUGAGGGUUCACAGCAGGACCCACACAGGUGAGAAGCCUUACAGCUGCGAUGUGUGCGGAAAAUCAGUCCGUGACUUUCGAGCUUUAGCUUAUCACAAGUUGAGGCACACUGGGAAAAAACGUUACGGCUGUCAGUUUGUGGGAAGCGUUUUUUAACUCCUCAACGUGAAAAAUUCACACAAAAACGUACUUCUGAUGUUUGCUGUAAGACAUCUCCCAAUCAAAGUUGGUUAAAGUUUCAGCUGGAAACACACAGCGAGGAGGUGGGAUGGGAUUGUCUUGUCAAGCAUCUCUGAAGAGACACAUAUUUGUCCACACUGCGGAGAGACCGUAUAAAUGCUCAGGUUGUGGAUGAACCUUUAGCACUUGGAGUAUUCUCAGAGGCCACUGUUCAGUCUUCAAACCGUUUGUCUGUGGGGUUUGUGGGAAAGCGUGCGCUCACCAAGAACACCUGAUGGUCCACAUGAGGACCCACAGCGGAGAGACACCUUACCAGUGCACCGUCUAUGGCAAAGCCUUCACUCAGAGCGAAAACAGCCAGCAGUGGAUGAACUGAAGACAGGAAGAGUCUGUAACUUUUCUACUGAAUGGAGAGGGGAAAAAACCUCAGUGUUCAUGUGUAAUAAUUUACACAAAUGUGUCCAGUGGUUUUUAUUUUAGGUUUCAGUAACCAGCAUUUCAAGCUCACUUCAUCAUGUGUUGUACUGAGAAGAACAUAAACAUGAUACUGCUGAAAGUUCUCAAUGGUGGAAGAAGAAGUAUUAAAAUAGUGUUGUUAUGUUUAAUAAUGUUUAAUAAUGUUACCAAGCUGCAAAUGCAAUGCUACUAACAACAUUGCCCAGAUGAGCUGAAUUAACAUUAACCAGACUUUAAAUAUUAAUAAUAAAUAUUUGAUUUAAUUCAUUAGAAUCACAAAAGAAUUAGCGCUUAAUUUUUCUAUAAAGAUGUUUAUUUUGUUGAGGAAAAGGGACAGAAAAAAAGUCACUAAUCACAUUUUUUGAAAAAAGACCAUGAUCAUAAUUGUUUUAAAUGUUCUACCUCAGAUAUGUUAAGUGAUCUACUGUUUGGCAUCAAGUGUUUUUCACGUUCUGACCGUAAAGAAUUGUUUAUCCACACAA